AUGGCUGACACAAGCACUGCGAAGAAGGAAGAAGAAAUCACCACUGCACCAGACUACAGCGAUGUGAAUGGUGGUCGACGUGGCACCUUGGCCUCUAUCAAUCUGAACAAGAACCUCGAUGCCAAAGUCUCCAACCCGCUCGCCGACAUUCCCUAUGAGACCCUGAUGCGGGAUGUUGAGGAAUUCGCAAAUGAAAAGGGUCUCUCUGACAUAACUGCGACGCUGAAGAAGGGUGCACUCAUCGCGCAGGAUCCGAAUAGAUUUGAGGAGAUUGAGCUUCUCGAAGACGACGAACGCCAGGUCUUGCGCCAAGAGAAAAAUCACAAGUGGAAGCACCCGCUUGCUCUGUACGUUACGAUUGUGGUGUGCUCCAUCGGCGCUGCUGUCCAAGGCUGGGACCAGACCGGAUCAAACGGCGCUAAUCUGUCGUUCCCACUGGAAUUUGGGAUUGGGCAUGGAGACGAAGAAGGACAUCCGAGCCGUUGGCGAGAUAAUCUCAUUGUCGGCGUCGUGAACGCCGGCCCCUACCUCGGAUCGGCUUUCUUGGGAUGCUGGGUCAGUGAUCCUUGCAACCAUUACUUUGGGAGACGAGGGACCAUCUUCAUCUCUGCCAUCUUCUGUCUACUUACUCCCAUCGGUGGCGCUCUUUGCCAGACUUGGGAACAAUUGUUCAUCACCCGUCUCCUCAUGGGCGUGGGAAUGGGUUUAAAGGGAUCCACUGUACCGAUCUUCGCAGCCGAGAACUCACCAGCCCAAAUCCGUGGAGCUUUAGUCAUGAGUUGGCAAAUGUGGACGGCGUUCGGAAUCUUCCUGGGAUACUGCGCCAACCUUGCAGUCUACCAAGUGCCAGUCAUCGCCUGGCGACUCCAGAUUGGAUCAGCAUUCAUACCUGCCGUACCCCUCACGCUCGGUAUCUUCUUCUGCCCUGAGUCUCCGCGCUGGUACAUCAAGAAGAAUCGCUACCAAAAGGCUUACCAGUCCCUUCUCCGGCUCCGCUUCCACCCAGUGCAGGCAGCCCGAGACUUGUACUACAUUCACGCGCAACUCCAGAUUGAGAAGGAUAUCGUUGGCAAGUCGAACUAUGUUAGCCGAUUCCUGGAGCUUUUCACUAUUCCACGUGUGCGUCGUGCGACGCUUGCAUCCUUCGUCGUUAUGAUAGCACAGCAGAUGUGUGGCAUCAACAUCAUCGCCUUCUACUCUUCAACUAUCUUCCGCCAAGCUGGUGCAUCGGAGAAGGAGGCUCUCAUCGCCUCUUUUGGCUUUGGUCUCGUUAACUUUGUAUUUGCAUGGCCUGCUAUCUGGACGAUCGAUACGUUCGGCCGUCGUACCUUGCUCCUAUUUACAUUCCCGCAAAUGGCAUGGUCCCUCCUCGCCGCCGCAUUCUGCUUCUACAUCCCCGAAGACAGCACCGCCCACCUGGCACUCAUUGCUCUCUUCAUCUAUAUCUUCGCCGCCUUCUAUUCGCCCGGAGAAGGGCCGGUUCCCUUUACCUACUCCGCCGAAGUUUUCCCCUUGUCCCACAGAGAAGUGGGAAUGGGAUGGGCAGUCGCCACAUGCCUCUUCUGGGCCGCCGUGCUGAGCAUUUCCUUCCCACUUAUUCUCAAUGCGUUCACCCCCACCGGCGCAAUGGGCUUCUACGCUGGACUAAACAUCAUCGCCUUCUGCAUGAUAUUUCUCUGGGUACCUGAGACUAAACAGCGCACCCUGGAAGAGCUUGACUAUAUCUUUGGCGUGCCAACUAAGCGCUUUAUCAACUACAACUUCAAGGUCGCGCUUCCGUGGUGGAUCCAGCGCUGGGUGUUCUUCAACAAGAACGCUAAGCUCGAGCCGCUGUACCAUCUCGAUCACCACUUGGAUGGCGCGGACGAUUCAGACACGGAUACCAGUGGCCGCGCAAACGGGGCGUCCGAUGCAGAUGAGAAGACAGGCGCUGGGACGACGGAUGUGAGCUGGUCCAAUGGAGCGCACUAA